CAACCAAACAAACAAAAAAUAAACCACCACAAAAAACAAAAAACCAAAAAAGCAAAAACCCCAAAACCAGACGUCGAUUGUUUUUAGUUACGUCCUCGUAAGAACGGGGGAGUUUCACCGGCGGGGGAGGCGGCGGGGCCGGGGGUGGCUCUGGUGCCGUGCUGACACCUGCUGUCAGCCCUGCUCAGCGGAGCCGCCGAGCCCCGCAUCCCGGGCUCGGCCGGGAAAACUCGUGCCGGCUCUGGGAGGAUUCCCGUGGAAAGGGCUCCGACGGAAACAGGGGAAAGCGCCUGGCAGCCGAGGCUUGUGGCAGCCGUGGCAGCGCACAGACACGGGGCGAGGCUCGCAGGUAGAGGUAACAACUUCCACGGAAUCACGGAGCGGUGUGGGUUGGAAAGGUGAUCUCGUUUCACUCCCUGCCACGGAUGACCUUGGACACUUCCAGGGAUCGGGGCAGCUUCUCUGCGCGGUCUGUGCCAGGACCACCCUGACACUAAAGAUCUUCUUCCUACUAUCUAAUCUAAACCCACAUUCUUUCAGUCCGAACCCAUUCCCCCUUUCCUGUCACUGCACGUAUUUGUAAAGUCUCUUUCCGUCUUUCCUGUAAAUUCCCAUCAGGCACCGGAAGGGGCAUUUGAUCACCCCGAAGCUUUCUCAUCUCCAGGCUGAACAAUCCCGAUUCUCCCAGCCUUUCCACACAUUGGAGGCGCUCCAUCCCUCUGAUCAGCCUGGUGACCCCAUCCGUCACCAGCCCAGAGGGCUUCCAGCGACGAAGGACCGCGGUGCAGGCGCCCCGCUCUCAACACCCGCCGGUGUCAUGGACCGGGUCCCCCGCGGGUCUUUUCCCGGCAGGGAGCUCCGAGGAGUUUGUUAAGACGUUCAAGUUAUCGAGUGCCGAGCGGGAGCUCGUGGAGGGACAACGCGCGCCCCCCGGAGCCGCCCCUGCCGGGGCGGCGGCCGUGGCCGCCAUGUUGGGCGGCCGGGCGGGGAGCGCGCCUCGGUGCCUCAUGCAAAUCUGUCCCCCGGCACAGCGCGGGCGCCUCGGUGCCACACUCAAAUCUGCCCCCCGGCUCAGUUCGGGCGGGCCGUGACGCAGCACGCCGGAAGUGAGCGGGAGGUGACGGGGCGAGGCCGUCUCCGGUGCCUCAGCAAAACCCUUCCGGGUGGGGGUGGCCCUGGCGGGCGGGUCCCGCGGCCGAGGCGGCGAUGGCGGGAGCGCGGCGGUGAAGAAGCGCAGCGGGGCUGGGGCCACGCCGGGCACUGACGGGGGUCUCGCUCCCCCCAGGACGGCGCGGGAGCAGUCGGACCUCGCCCUUCAUCUGAGGCGGGCCGGGGCUAUGCGAGGGCCGCGGUGCCGCCUGCCCUAGGCCCGGGCCCGGCGGGGAGCGGCGAGCGGGGCCCGAUGCGGGAGUACAAGGUGGUGGUGCUGGGCAGCGGGGGGGUGGGGAAGUCCGCCCUGACGGUGCAGUUCGUCACCGGGACCUUCAUCGAGAAGUACGACCCCACCAUUGAGGACUUCUACCGCAAGGAGAUCGAGGUGGACUCGUCCCCCUCGGUGCUGGAGAUCCUGGACACGGCGGGCACCGAGCAGUUCGCCUCCAUGCGCGACCUCUACAUCAAGAACGGGCAGGGAUUCAUCCUCGUCUACAGCCUGGUCAACCAGCAGUCCUUCCAGGACAUCAAGCCGAUGAGGGACCAGAUUGUCCGGGUGAAGAGAUACGAGAAGGUUCCUCUGAUCCUAGUGGGCAAUAAAGUGGAUCUGGAGUCGGAGAGGGAAGUCUUAUCUGCAGAAGGCAGAGCCCUGGCUCAGGAGUGGGGCUGUCCCUUCAUGGAGACGUCAGCCAAGAGCAAAACAAUGGUGGAUGAACUGUUUGCUGAGAUCGUCAGGCAAAUGAACUAUGCCUCCCUGCCUGAAAAACAAGAUCAGUGUUGUACAACUUGCAUCGUCCAGUGAGAGAAAUAAAGAAAAACCUCAACCAUGGCCAUACAGAGCAGAUAAAACUCAGAGGAAACUUGCACAGAUGCUGCUUUGGAGAACUUUCAGCCCAGGUUGCAGAGCUGAGCCUUGGUAAACCUGUCUCUAUUACAGCACAUUGCCAUACAUCUAAGUGCAUAAGGUUGGUGGCCUCCAGGAUCCACACACCUUAAUCAGAAUGCUUAGCAUGUUUACCAUAAGUUUUAAAAUCUGUUCUUUAUCUAUCAGUCCUUUUAUAGCUUUCUAAGUUCAUGUAAUGGCUAAUAUGCAAGAGUUCAUUUUUAAUAUUUUAAUUGAUUUCUUUAAUCAAUUCUGAACUUGUAUUUAUUAAAUACUUAAACUCAGUAUUACCUACUCAAUGCCUUUUAAAAGAAGAGAGUUUUAAUGGAGAAUAAAUUGAGCCUUAAACAAAUGGUUACUUCUGUAUAUUACCUCGCAUCAGUGCUUAUUUCUCUUUGCAAGGUUUUCUCCUACAAUGUAGUUGGUCAUUCUUUGAUACGUUUUGUUUACGUGUGACAGUGUCAUGGAAAGAUACUGAAGACACCUCUGUUAUAUGGAUGUAGUAUCCCUUUUCUUGGCAGAUGCAGCUGUGACAGUGUGUUUGUAACCAGUCCGAUUUGACAGUAGGGAUUACUUGGAAUGGGAUAUGAAGUCUCCAGCUGAUGUUUGUCGCAAUCUCGGGUUUCCUAAUCGAACGUUACAGUUGUAGCAUUGAAAAACGGCAGCACACUUUUCCUUCUACUGAGUUUCGGGACUUGCAUGUUUACAAAGUGCUUCUCUAUGCCUUUGAAAAGGGAUAAUGUAUCCUUCAAAAUGGGCUCUAUGCCUACUCUGUCAGCUCAGCUUUGCCUGGCACAGUAAGAGACAUCUAGUAGACCUCUGCAUAUGUAAAUCUAAUGCAAAUAAGAUCACUUUACAUUUUAUAGUUCCUAAUAUUUGUCUUUCUAAAUAUUUUAAAGCAAUAUUUGUUAAAGUUUUUCUUGCACUGUCACAAAUUGCUUUUUAGUUUGUUUUUUUUCCCCAGUAAACAAGUUUAAUAUUAGAGACAAGUUGGUGUAACAAGGGGAAAAGCACCAGGUUUCAGUGAUACUAACUGCAAGUGUGCUUUAAACAGCCAUUGCCUUCCUUAUUGUUUACCUGAUCAACAUUUUCUCUGAAUACUUGAAAAUUUUAACAAUAACACAGGUAUAAAGAGCAGAAUGAAAAUGUACAAAGAACAGACAAAGUCUUUUUGUUCACCUUUAUUAACGUGUUGCAUACAUGAGAGCUUUUUCUAGCAGUGGUUUAAAAUGUGUAAUUUUUUUUGCAGAAAUUUAAUAACUGCAGCUCACCUACUGCACCAAAGUUCUAGGUUUUUAGGAGCCCAGCUUUAGUCAUUUGAACAUGCUUCUAGAAAUGUACAUUCUUUCCCUGUAAUAGCUAAAUAUCUAUGAGAAAAGCUCCAGUAAAAGCAGUGAUGGAUAUGUGAGGUUAAGCAGUUGAAAACUCACAAAUUGUAUUGUGGAUGAUGGCAUUUAAAACAAUAAAAGAUCACCGGUACAGUAUCUCAAUAUUAAUGUGUUUUAUUGGUAAUAAUGCAGGCUGACUUUACAAUAUUAGCAGAAAUAAAGAUUCUGUGUCUACAUUCAGUGUUGAAUUCGAAUCCUGAAAAGAAGAGGACACCAGGAUUUCUGCCUGGUUAUUGAAACACCUGAUUCUUCUUCUGUGGGGUUACUUGAAAUAUUUUUUCCUGUUUGUACAAACUAUAAACAGGCUGAGGCUAAUGCUUAGGUUUGCACUUUAAUAUCGGAAUUAAACCAAACCUUGUAUUCAAAGUAGAUUUUUUUUUGAAGUGAUGGUUGUUGAUCUUUUUUGUAGGUUGUAAGGAAGUAAUAGGAUAUGAAAGUAAUUCAUAAAGAUCCUAGAUUUCCUUUGUCUAAGAAGGAAAAAGUUGGUUGAUAUUGAUCAGUGGUUCAUUCCUAUGGGUAGUUUUCAAAACAGUGUUCAUUUUCAUUGACCUCAGCAAAAAAAAAAAAAAAAAACAAAAAAAAAAAAAAAAAAAAAAAAAAAAAAAACAAAAAAACACCAAACCACAAAAAACAAACAAAUGAAAAAAAACCCUUAAACUUGAACUAGCUUAGAGUGACAGGACUGGGAAAAAUGAAAGAUGGUUUCUUCAGCACACUUUGGGGGGAAAAGGGACCAAAAGUUUAUUUAGGCUUCCUCAAUAGUUUGCAUGUGAAGUUGCUUAUUAGAGUAAGAGGCUAAUAAUAAAUGCAAUAUGUAUUGUCUUUACUAUGGCAUCUGUUUAGGAGUUGUUCAAAUCACUGCAGUAGGGCUCUACAAAUAAAAAUGUAACCUAACAUCUUGUAUCUAAUGUACUGUAUCUUUAUCAGUGAUAGGUGAAAUCUGGAAUAACAAAUGCAAAAAUGGAACAAUUACCUAUAAUGCUUUGUAAAAAGUUUUUUCCAGUAGAAUUCAUUCUUGUCAUUUUGUAAGACAACCUUACAGUCCACCUGUUUGUAACUUUUUUAAUAAAAUAGAUACCUGUAUUACCAAAC